AUGGAGAAAUUUAAAGUUCCAACAAUGGUUGACUCCCUAAUGUCAUCGAUUACUACCUUUCACAUGAUGAAGAUAAUCAUUUUUGAUCCAUCAAAGUUCAUAUUUCUUGGUUCGGUUUCGGAAUCAAUGUAUCGUUGUGUCUCCACUAAAAGUAAAUGGAUGAAUGAGUACAAGAAGCUCCCUCCUUCAGCACCAUUGCAGCUUACUCUUGAAAUGCAAAAUUCGCUGGAAGCAACAGACAAACCAGCGAAACAAGGGAAAAAGCCUGACAGAAAAGGGGAGAACAAAGCCGCUCCUUGGGCUCCAAAGAAACGAAAGACUAAGAAGAAGGCACACAAACCAAAGGCUCCUUCAUCAAGUGACUCCGACUAUGUUCCAUCUGAUCCACAACCCGAGCCCGAGUCUGGUGACGAUGAUGUCUCUCAACACGAAAGUUCACUUCGAAGUAAUUCGGCUCCUCCCUCACCAGAUCAUGAAGGUUACCGAAACUUACCUCCUCCUUCUCCUACUCAAUCGGUUCCAAUUACCAUUGCUCAUUGUCCUCCUCCAAUCUCUUCUUCCACUACAACCUCAAUUCCAAUUCACACUCCCUUAUUCACCAAAGUUACAACAACCACUACCACUACCACUCAACCACAAGCUGGUGUCAACGUAUCUGAUACGGGGGUACCUACUUCAGAAUCUGAACCACCAAUCACUUCAAAACCUUUAUCCCCACCUCCAUCACACGAAUCUGACAUUGUUCUUAGCGGAGCAGAAAUGGAGUUUCACUCAGUUUAUUUUAGCCCAUAUCGUGUUCAAAGCGAUGAUGAUGAUGAUGCUCCGGUCACAAAGAAGCAUUUAAAGAAUCUGAAUGACACGCUUGAUAAAAUGCUCUCUUCUUUCUCCUCUACUCCAACUCAGGUGUAUUCUGAAGCUGAAAUCAAGGCUCUGUUGGAAACCAUUGUCAAAGAGCAUGAUACUACAAUUUCUAAUGUCGUUAAAGAUAUAGAUGCUUCCACUUCCUCUUACCAGAAAGCCUCUAUUGCAAUUGAUGAAUCCACAAAAGAUUGCAAGCACAAAUGUUGA